UAUGAAUAGCGACAAACUAAUUCUAAAUGCAUCACGGAGCCCACAGUGGAGUCAAAAGACACCAUUUGCGCUUGGAAGACUCUAUUUAUUGUCAAGUAUUAUAUGUAUGUGUAGGAUGUUUGGUGUGACGACCUGAAUUGGAGGCGGUAUUUAAGGCGACUCCCUUUGCGAUCUUUGCUUAAGGUCUACGGCUUCUGCUCAAUCCUCCGGGCUAGCAAGAGUCCCAAAUUCACGGUCGAGUUGGAGGACUAACAUUCUAUCUGGUAGGCAAUUAGAGGCAGAGGUCAGUCUACAGUACUCUUAUUUUGAGGAGGCCCUGAGACCCUACCGUCUCUAACUGUCCCAAGUCAUUAAAGUCCUCACGAAACGUGUUCCUGAAUCAAGGAGAAGACCAAGCACACCCAGAUGCAGAUGAUGAAGACAUCCAUCGCCGUGGUUAUCGUUGGAGCGUUGCUGUGCGUUGAUGACGGGUUUUCCGCCCCUUCCACUGCAAAUGAUCGAAAGUUUGACGAUUUUGAUAAAGAUAGUAACGGGAAUUUGAACAUGAAGGAAUACCUAGCCUCUCUCGAGGACGGCCAUGACAAACUUUCUGAGGAUAUGAUUCUCCAGAAAUUCGAAUUACUGGACGGAAACAGUGACGGUAAAAUAAGCAGCAAGGAGUUUUCUGCGCAAGAUGAUGAAACCAAGAACACUAAUGACGACGACGAGACUAAGCUGCUCAAAAUACUUGAACACGCAUCCGCUGACCAGAUGAAGACGGAAAACCUUGAUGAAAAGAAAGACCAGAAGACGGAUGUUAAUGCCAAGGAAGAUGAUGCUGAUGACGCUAAUGAUAAGGAUGAUCCAGCGCACGAUGAUGAAGUUGAGGACCUUUUUCAAACAGCAAUGAAAGCCCUCAAAGAAAAAGAUGCGAAGAAACAAGCGGUUAAGAAAGAAAAGAUUGAAGGGAAGAAGAAGAGCAUGGCCUCAACUGACAAAAAGGAAGCAGAUGCCUCCAAAGAUAAACCAAUCGAUUCAGAAUUAGGAUCUGCUGAAGAAAUACAGGACCAAGUUGAGAAAAAAGAACACCAGAGAGAGAAAGAUGACGAUGCCAAGGUGGACGCGCUUCGGAAAUUACUGGAUAAAACUUUUAAAGAUAAAGCAGCCGGAGACGCUGAAAAGACUGUCAAGAAAGUGCAAGGAGCAGAAAACAAAGACGAGCACGAUAUUAGUAAGCUAAAUGACGAGGGAAGGAAAGCACUGAAGCGAAAGUUGAUCUCAGAAAUAAAGAUGACUCUCCGAAGAAUCAUGGACGACUUUGAGGAUAGCAGAGACGAAGAUGAUGAUGACAAUGAUGAUGAUGAUGACAACGACGAAGCAGACGACAGCGAAGCUGAUGAAAAUGAUGAUGACGACAAUGAUGAUGAAGAGGACAACGAGAGAGACGACGACGACGAAAAUGAAAUGGACGAGGACGACGAAGAAGGUGAAAACAGAAAUACUGUUCUACGAGAUGCUUUGAUGAAACUUUUGGAAAAGAGACAUAACCGACGUGAUUAAAUGAAAUGACUCUAACACGACUCCUCAUGACGGUCCAACGGCAAAUGGUUACCACCCAGCAACACAGAACGUUAUCAAAACGUUACCAUAACA